GUUUACAACUCAUGACAACGACGCAUAACACAUGUUUCGUUAGACUAGUCAGAGCGAAAUGCGCCGAUGAACACAACAGGAUGAACACAACAGUCGCUAUUUGCGCAUUAAGUAACCAGACAUUGUUGCUCCUUCAUUCAUGGGUUCUAUGUCUGUUCCACUGCACCGAAAUCCAAGUACAAUAUCUCCUUUAAUUUUUCACAGCAAGUUGCUAACUUAAAACACCAUGAAGAACCCAUGGUUCUUCUGCAUCUCUCUUCUCACCCUAUUCUUCUCUUUCUUCACCCACAAUUCCCUUGCGGCUCUCACAACCGUAUCAGCAAACCAAACUCUCACCGGGGACCAAACCCUCGUCUCUGAAGGUGAAAUCUUCGAACUGGGUUUUUUCAAGCCGGGUAAUUCCUCUAACUACUACAUAGGCAUAUGGUACAAAAGGGUCACCAAACAAACAAUAGUUUGGGUAGCAAAUAGAGACAACCCUGUCUCUGAUAAGAACACUGCCACGUUAACAAUAUCAGGUGCCAAUCUAGUUCUCUUGGAUGGAUCUUCUAAACAAGUUUGGUCGACAAACAUGAGUUCUUCUUCCAGUUCAAACUUGGUUGUAAUAGCUACUCUCCUCGAUUCCGGGAACCUUGUGUUAAGAGAAAGGCAUAACGGUGCUUCUGCUUCAGAACCUCUGUGGCAGAGUUUUGAUCACCCAACCGACACGUGGCUUCCGGGUGGCAAAAUCAAACUGGACAAUAAAACAAAGCAACCUCAGUACCUCACUUCAUGGAAGAACAACGAAGAUCCUGCGACGGGUCUUUUCUCUCUGGAACUAGACCCCAAAGGAACCACUUCUUAUUUGAUUCUUUGGAACAAGUCUGAACAAUACUGGGAUAGUGGUCCUUGGAAUGGGCACAUUUUUAGUUUAGUACCCGAGAUGAGGGCGAACUUUCUCUACAAUUUCACGUUUGUGUCGAACGACAAAGAGAGCUAUUUCACAUACUCCAUGUAUAACUCUUCAAUUAUAUCUCGGUUUGUGAUGGAUGUCUCGGGGCAGAUCAAGCAACUGUCGUGGUUGGAGAAUGCUCAGCAGUGGAACUUGUUUUGGUCACAGCCGAGACAACAGUGUGAGGUAUACGCGUUUUGUGGUGCGUUUGGGAGCUGCACUGAGAACUCCAUGCCGUAUUGUAAUUGCUUGCCGGGUUUUGAGCCAAAGUCACUGUCUGAUUGGAAUCUGGAGGAUCACUCAGGUGGGUGUGAAAGGAGAACGAAGUUGCAGUGUGAGAAUUUGAAUCCCUCUAAAGGGGAUAAGGAUAGGUUUCUUGCGAUUCUCAACAAGGCGUUGCCUGAACAUGCACAAUAUGUGGGAUUAGGGAAGGCAGGGGAAUGUGAAUCAACUUGCUUAAACAACUGUUCCUGCACGGCUUAUGCAUAUAACAGUAGGGGGUGUUUCAUUUGGAUUGGCAACCUUUUGAAUCUGCAGCAGCUAUCUUUAGAUGAUAGUAGCGGAGAAACUUUGUAUCUCAAACUUGCAGCAUCUGAGUUUCAUGAUGAUAAAAGCAGCAAGGGAACUGUUAUUGGUGUGGCUGUGGGAUUGGUUGUUGGCAUUGGGGUUCUCUUGGCCAUUCUUUUGUUUUUCUUGAUUAGGCGAAGGAAGCGAAUGGUUGGAGUAGGAAAGCCUGUGGAGGGUACGUUGGUGGCAUUUGGGUACCGAGAUUUGCAGAAUGCAACGAGGAAUUUCUCUGAGAAAUUGGGAGGAGGAGGGUUUGGUUCUGUUUUCAAAGGAACUUUGGGAGAUUCAAGUGUGGUAGCAGUGAAAAAGUUGGAGAGUAUUAGCCAAGGAGAAAAACAGUUCCGGACGGAAGUUAGCACAAUAGGGACAGUGCAACAUGUUAAUCUUGUUAGACUGCGUGGAUUCUGCUCUGAAGGUGCCAAAAAGCUGCUAGUUUAUGAUUACAUGCCAAAUGGCUCCUUGGAUUUCCAUUUGUUCCACAACAAGAACAGUAAGGUGUUGUUGGAUUGGAAAAUGAGGUACCAAAUUGCGUUGGGAACAGCAAGGGGACUAACUUACCUUCACGAGAAGUGUAGAGAUUGUAUCAUACAUUGUGAUGUGAAGCCAGAAAACAUUCUCCUAGAUGCUGAAUUUUGUCCCAAGGUUGCAGACUUUGGCCUGGCUAAGCUUGUUGGAAGGGAUUUCAGCAGGGUCCUCACAACCAUGAGAGGAACAAGAGGUUAUCUUGCUCCAGAGUGGAUUUCAGGGGUGGCUAUCACUGCAAAAGCUGAUGUGUACAGUUAUGGAAUGAUGCUUUUUGAGUUUGUAUCCGGUAGGAGGAACUCUGAGCCAUCAGAAGAUGGCCAAUUUACCUUCUUUCCAACCUUUGCGGCAAAUGUUGUUGUCCAAGGUGGUCCUGUUGUUAGCCUUUUGGACCCUGGUUUGGAGGGCAAUGCUGAGACUGAGGAGGUGACUCGAAUAAUAAAAGUUGCUUCAUGGUGUGUCCAAGACAAUGAGGCUCACCGGCCAAGCAUGGCUCAGGUGGUUCAAAUCCUUGAGGGGAUCUUAGAGGUGAACAUGCCUCCGAUUCCAAGAUCCCUUCAAGUGUUUGUUGAGAACCAGAAGAGUUUAGUCUUCUACACCGACUCAAACUCCACACACAGUUCACAGGAGAAGAGCAACGUUUCUAUGACCUCCUCUCAAGCCAGAAGUAACAUCUCUUCAACAAGCUCCAAGUCCACGGGAGGAGAAAAUUAGAGUACAAAUUGGUUUCUCUUUGUUAAUAAAGGUGACUAAUGCCACUUUUUGGCUUUUACUAAUGUAAUUGUAAUGUAUGGUGUAAUCAUGAGAUUUGUUUUUCCAUGUUGGUUUUAUAUUCAAUCAAUAUGUUCUUUGACAUAGUUGUUACUGUACUCAUUGAUUUGGUUUUUUCCUAUUGGAAUGCAACAAAGAUGAAAGGCAAUUUUCAUUAA